GCGUUCGGUCGGCCGGGCUGUCAGAAUUUUGCACCCAGCUGAGUGUCAGCGAAAGGCAGAAGGUCCUCGGAUUUCUCAAAAUCACAAUUAGCCCCAUUAUCAGAAAGAUGUGGGCGACGUGAGUGUGUGCCUGGUGUGACUGGGAUCGCUUUGUUCGGUGGUGAAUCACACGCCCAGCUUGAGUGUCGUGCACACGGCGCACAGUGACUGAGUGAGGCUCUCCUGUUUCCUGCAUUAAUCCCUUGUACAUAGCGCGAGGUCGCGACGCGUGAGGAUGGAUUGGAUCAUAAAUGACGAGCUGGGGCUGACGCUGGGCCAUGUGGUGGGCUGGGCAGCGGCCUCCGCGAUGGUGGUCGGCGGUGUCAUCCCGUACAUUCCGCAGUAUCGGCAGAUCAAGCAGACACAGGAUCCGGAAGGCUUCUCCCUCCACGUCUGCCUCGCCCUUCUCAUCGCGAACACGCUGAGGAUACUUUUUUGGUUUUCCAAACGAUAUGAGCUUCCGUUACUAGUCCAAAGUAUUGUGAUGAACCUCACCAUGUUCCUGAUGAUCCACCUUUGUGUCAAGGUGCGUCGCAACAAUGCAAUAAUGAGGACGCGAGAGCGUGUCUUUUCCGGCGAGGACUUAAGGGAUCGCAGGGGUUCCUCGAAGUCGUCGAGAGAUGAACGUAUUGGUAUUGGGGAUGGCGUCAUAACAGCACCAGCUGGACAAAUAAAGAGGGGCACAGCUAAGCACUAUUUGACGGACUUCGAUAUGAAGUACUUCUGGCAGUGGACGGAUUUCCAGUCGUACCUGGACUUCAUGCUGGUGGUGUGGGCCGUUGGGGCCGCCGUCACGUAUCUCAUGCUCUCCGUGGAGUGGUUCAUGGAGACGGUGGGCUUCUUCGCCGUCUUCACCGAGGCGAUGCUCGGAGCGCCUCAGUUCAUCCGGAAUUACCACAACAAGUCCACGCACGGCAUGAGCCUCCACAUGGUGAUCAUGUGGACACUGGGCGACAUCUUCAAGACGGUGUACUUCGUCCUGCGGAGCGCUCCGACGCAGUUCUGGGUCUGUGGCACGCUCCAGGUGAGUCUGGAUUUGGCCAUUUUGCUGCAAGUGUACAUCUACCGGAAGAAUCAAGCGCCGCGCACCGUGCAUCGCGGUGACUAGCAGUUUGCCCCCCACGCAGAUGCCCAGGCGAGCGGUCGGCGGGACUCGGCCCCCGCGCGGACCCCCACGCAGCUCAGAUCGCGCGAAAACACGCCUCAUCACCAG